UCUUGGCGGGCUCCCGGCCGAGUGGCUCCGAAGCUGACUCCGAACGCUGAGCCGGGCAGGGGCACGUGCGGGAGAAAGGUCGUAGCGGCGUCCCGGCAGACGCUGGCGUUCUGCGCCCUUUCGCCUGUUCUCGAGACUGAGGUCAGGAACCAGAGCAGCGGCCGGCGCAGCCCCCUAGCCCUAGGCAUGGCGGCCUCGGAGGAGGUUCCCGCUGUGGCUGAGGGCGUGGACUCGGCGCCCUGGGCGCAGCUGGAGGCCCCCGCCCGGUGCCUGAUGCAAUCGCUGCAGUUGGGGCCGGAGGGGGCGUGGCGCGGCCUGGGUAUGCUGCGGGCGCUGGGCAGUCGCAGCGCGGAGCCCUUCGGCUGGGGCUGCGUCCUGGAGGCGCUGUGCCGGGAGGAGCCCGUCGUGGAGGGUCCGGACUAUCGCCUGGAGCUGAAACCCCUGCUGCUGCGAUUGCCUCCGUUAUGCCAGAGGAAUCUGAUGUCCCUAUUGAUGGCUCUUGGGCCAUCGCUGCCCGAGAGCGGCCUACUCCCCGUGCUGCAGAUUGCACGACAAGACCAAAGCUCCAACCCCGACGCCUGGCUCCAGACCCUGGGGGAGUUGCUGCGGAGGGAUCUGAACGCUGGGGUAGCGACUGAGUGGACGUCCCCACUGUCUACAGACUGCCAGAGACAGCUCCAAGGCCUGUGUAGGCGGCUAGGCCAGGGAGGCAGGAGGCUGAAGUUGGCCCAGGCUCCUGUUCCUGAAGAGGAACAAGAGGAAGGCAAGGAGGACAAGGACUCCCCACGGCCUGGGAAACGCAGAAAGGGGCCAGAGGAAGAGCCUGCCAGUCCUGAAGGUGGAGGAGCCCCCAAAAGGUUCCGGCAUUUGGAAAGGGAAGAGGAAGGAGGUCAGGAAGAGGAGAGACGUGAACCUGAGUCUUUGGAGCCCCCGGCAGACGGAGGAGGUGCCUCACCCAUGGAGAACCAGCUUGUCGGGGCCGAGCCCAGGGAGGCUGGUCAGAGUCUGGAGGAGGCUAAGGACCUAGCCGAGAGUUUGCCCAAAGCUCUCCAGGACCAGGUUCCCAGGCUGCAGCAGCUGCUCAAGACCUUUGGGGAGGGGUUGGAGGGCGCUCCCCCACUUGAGCUACAGCUUCUCCAUGAAUGCAGUCCCAGCCAGAUGGACCUGCUGUGUGCCCAGCUGCAGCUCCCACAGCUCUCGGACCCAGCUCUCCUGCAGCUCUGCACCUGGCUCCUGUCCCUUUCACCAGAUCUUAGCCUUAGCAAUGCGACCAUUCUGACCAGGAGCCUCUUUCUUAGACGGAUUCUCUCCCUGACUUCCUCGGCCUCCCGCCUGCUCAUCAUGGCCCUGACCUCCUUCUGUGUCAAGUAUGCCUAUCCUGUCUGCAGAGCCCUUCUUGGCCCGGUGCUUCAGGCCCCAGAAACAGGCCCAGCUCAAACGGAGUUACUGUGUUGCCUUCUGAAGGAUGAGGCCCUGGCGCCGGACACGCAGGUUCUGAUGCUGGGACAGAUCUUGGAGCUGCCCUGGAAAGAGGACACUUUCGUGGUGGUGCAGUCCCUGCUGGAGCGGCAGGUGGAGAUGACCCCUGAGAAGUUCAGUGUGUUCAUGGAGAAACUCUGUAAAGAGGGGCCAGCAGCCACCGCAUCUGUGGCCUAUGCCAAGCUCAUGCUGACGGUGAUGACCAAGUAUCAGGCCAGUAUCACUGAUAUCCACAGGCUGGGCCUGGCCGCAGUCCUAGAGCUCAACACCACUUUCCUGAGGAAGCCCCUACAGGCCGCCCUGAGACAUCUGGCCCCCUGACCUUCACUCCUGGAGCCUGAAGGCUACUUCUCCAGCUGCCUGAAGGAUACUUCUGCUCUCAGCGCCUCACCCUGACUCGCUUGCCUGGGGGUAAAGGCAGAGCCUGGCCAUGCCAAGGGUCUGCUGCUUCCCUGCUCUAGGAUGCAGAGAAAACAUCUUGGCCUCCUAGCCAGCAGAGAAGGUCCCGGGCUAAGCAGGCUUGAUGAGCUUUAUUUCCAAGGGAUGCUGACCUUGGGCUCACUCCUUGUCACUUUUGCUUCAGACUGUGGGGAUGGGAACUUUCUGAAAGACCUCAGUAGGGUCAAAGCAGACCCGGGUAGAUGAAUGAUGCUUCAGGAGCCCUGAGGUGACCUGUGUCCUUGGCACAAAUAUCUUGCACUCAAGUGUAUGUUAUGACCCUC